AUGAAGAGCAUUAGUCCGUUUGCUGCUGCCUUCAAGAUGAUGCAGGAAGUGGAAGAAGAAGGCAUUCAUCAAGCUAAGAAAGAAAAACGAGCACUACCUCCACUUCGAAUGAUUUUUGAUAUUGAUCAUCGAAUUCACGAUCGACGACUCUACAAUCUCCCAACAGCAAAUGAAGUUGCUGCAGUUUUCGUAAUUGAAGAUAAUGAAGUUCCAACACAUCGACAAAUUGCACUUCAUCUGCGUGGAAAAGAUCUUGAAAUUAUUUCAAUCUUACAUCCUCACUGUGAUCCAGUGAUUUAUCUACUAUUAUUUCCACGUGGAGAUGAAGGAUGGCACCCGGACUUAGAAAAAACUGAUCGAUCACGAAAUCGGACAAGAGUAUCAAUGCUUCAGUUUUACAGUUAUCGAUUGGCUAUUCGUCAAAUCUUCACUGCUAUUCAUUAUGCAGGAAAAUUAUUUCAACAAUAUAUUGUCGAUGCCUAUGUUAAAACUGAACAAAAUCGCCUUGCAUUUCAUCAACAAAAUCAAAAGGCUCUUCGAAUAGAAUUAUACCAAGGCCUAAUGGAUCAUUAA